GCCCUACGCCUACGCACUGCAUCUCAAGUGUAUUGCCGGCCUCUCCUGAUAAAAUUUGAGGCUUGCGGCCGCAUUCGGCAGAAUUGCUAGCUUGGACUCUUAUUAUGGACUCUUAUUAUGGCCUUUGUUCCGAAGAACGAAGAAGUAUAUCAAGAUCUAGUGUCGGGGCAGAGAAUCUCCGAUUUGCUGGCGUCAAGGGUGUGUGGGUGAGAAAUCCCUGAACCGGAUCCACGAUCUUUACUGCCGCUCCUAAACGGGCUCCAAGGUGCAAACGAACGUAGUGGUAGGCCCUAAACAGUUUUCGCAUGUUUCAAUCCACUGCUCUGACAUCCAGAUCCCCGUCCUACGAGGUGGUUGACUGAAGCAGGUUUCAGUGACAAGUACUCAGCCCGGCCCGAUUGGACCUUUCUCCAAGAAUGAUACGUUCGACCCAUUCUUCACAGUUGAUGUACAUGAUCCCAGAAGGUCAGCCCCUGACGUAGCCUGGGAAGCCGUCUGAGAGUGAAUCGUUGCGUGUAAUCGUUGAUUCCACGAGCCGCUCGGACACGAUCCACGAGAUAUCAAAGCUCAGGCGCUAUUUUUUAUAUAAGUAUCAUCAAAUAUUUCGCCAACGACAGUUCUUCGCACCUGAUUUCAGUCAAUUGCCAUGGCCAGCGUGUUGAACCUCGACGAGAGCUUUGAUACAAUUUCGAAGGAGGACCUCGACUUCAUUAAAACACAGACUGGGAUUUUGAACGACCAGGAGCUCAAAACCCAUGUCAUCUCUGUGGCAGAGAAGGCAUACAAGGUUUUCCCGUUCGGUUGCAUUACGAGGUUUUUGUUUUUGAAUGGCAGAAUGUCUCAUCACUUUGGAUACAAACGAGCCCUGGAACUUUGCUCGGCACAGCCUGGCGCGAUACUCAUGGACAUCGGGUGUUGCAUGGGUACGGACGUUCGGAAAUUGGCUGCAGAUGGUGUACCUUUUCAAAACAUCAUAGCGACUGACCUUAGGGCAGAAUACUGGGAUCUGGGCCAUGAACUUUUUAAGUCUUCGCCGACCUCGUUUCCUGUGCCUUUCGUCUCUGCGGACGUUCUCGGUCCCUCACUCAUCUCCGAUGUGGAGUCACUGCUCGCCGAGACGACGACUCCAGCAUCGGAAGCGAACACACUGGACUAUCAUAGGAACAUUUCUGUGAUUCACCUCAGCUGUCUCUUUCAUUUAUUUGACGAGGAGACGCAACCAAGGCUCAUUGAACGGCUUGUCGCCUUACUUUCAUCCCGACCGGGUUCCAUGAUCUUCGGUCAAGAGGUUGGACUGGAACGUACCGGGAAGCUUCCCUUUCAGAUACGGGAAAGGGAUGUUUAUUGUCAUUCUCCGGAAAGCUGGAAAGCACUGUGGGAAGGUUUGUUCCCCGGGAAGGUUGAGGUAGAAGCCGUUCUUGAGUCUACUUCCCUACCUGAGGAGGGGCUUGGGUUGUGGCUGAAUUGGUGUGUAAUACGCAAGUAGGCGUCAAACUUUAUGCACUGAAGACCGUAC